ACAAGCACAAGCCACAAACGUUUAUGAUUUUUUUCUGUAGUAGUAAACAUUUGGGCGUGACAAGUAGUUAAAAGUGCAGAUUUUAAGAGCCAGUAUUGUUAUUUUAAGUUAAAUGAAGCAGAUUUAGUACUUGUAUUGUUGAUAGAACAAGCCGUAAAUUCGUUUAGUUGAAAAAUGACGGAAUACAAACUUGUUGUUGUUGGUGCUGGAGGUGUUGGUAAGAGUGCCUUGACGAUCCAGCUUAUCCAAAAUCACUUCGUGGAUGAAUAUGAUCCCACAAUUGAGGACUCGUAUCGUAAGCAGGUCGUAAUAGACGGAGAAACUUGCCUGUUGGACAUUCUGGACACAGCAGGACAAGAAGAAUAUAGUGCAAUGAGGGACCAGUACAUGAGAACAGGAGAAGGCUUUCUAUUGGUGUUUGCAAUAAACAACGCCAAAUCAUUCGAAGACAUCAGCAAUUAUAGGGAACAGAUUAAAAGAGUAAAGGAUGCAGAAGAGGUGCCUAUGGUUUUAGUGGGCAACAAGUGUGAUCUGCCGACCCGGGCGGUGGAGAUCUCAACAGCGCAGGACGUCGCGCGAAGCUACGGUAUCCCGUUUGUAGAGACAUCGGCCAAAACACGACAAGGCGUUGAUGAUGCUUUCUACACACUAGUACGGGAAAUUAGGAAAGAUAAGGAGCACAGAGGCAAGACAAAGGGAAAGAGAGGCGGAAAAGGGAAAAGAAAAUACUGUCAGUUGUUCUAAAAGUGCACAUUCCGCGUAAUGUAGAGACUCAACGCAAGGCGCUCCAGCCUGGACAUGUUACACCUCGAUCGUGCGUUACCGUGUAGGAACCUUGUGGGCGAUUUUCAGAUCACUUUUACACUGGGUGGGGACGAGAGUGCUUGCUAAUCUGCUUUGAGGGUACAUCAGUUGCGGUGUCGCAUGACUCGUAUCACUCGGUAUUUACACACAUUUUACUGUUUGACUCAUGGUUUUUCAAGAGAUUACUUUCUCUAUGCAAGAAUGCUUGGGCGAGAUAAAGGAUCUUAGAGAUGCUUGCAGGAUACAGAAAGAGCUUGGGUUUAACUGGUAUUUCAACCACCAAUAUCAAGUGGAUGAGCAAUAUCGGUUGUAUUAUGUCGCUAGUAGCUUUUGUUUUGUAUCCCAGCCGAGGCCUCAAAGAGCUAACUAUUGUCGCACAUGGAGUUUCUUAUCCAAUAAGAUUACUAUUGAUAAUAGUGCAGAACACAGAUUUUAUUCGUUCUAAAGCCAAAAAGGUGUAAAAAGUCUUAAAAUCGCCCAAUUACGAAGUGAGAAAAGGUUCAUGUUUUUCAAUAUCAAGUCUUGAACCAUUGUAUAUAUCCGUCUAAACUGUUUAUUGUUAAAUCCUUACAGCCUUUAUAGUAUGUAAUUGGUUUUUGUGACAAGGUUAGCGCAGACUAUGUUGAAUGAACGAUCUAGGUGAGCAUUCGUUGAAUCAACGCCUCAGUCUCAGUGGUUUGUUCUCACUGCGCACAGUUUGUUUUGGGACAGGUGUUUGACUGUUAAUCCCCCUACCUAGAGAUCAUACUCAUUGAGGUGCUAAAUUAAUUCAAGGAGUAUAACAUAUUUGUGUACAUUUUAACUGAUAGAAUAUACUCACCCUUGUAAGAAGCACAGUUUUCUUUGAAUAAAUCAGGAAAAUGUUUUGUUUUUACAACUAACGAUUCUCAUCCUAAUUGUAAAUACAUGUGCCAACCUGCACUUUCGCCUUCUGAGAUAAACCUUUUUAAAUAUCACUAGUUGUGUAAAUUCAACAUUUAAAAUCAGUGUCGUGUUUUAUCCACGGAUACUUUGUUGUACCUCUAUACUUAUUUUAUGCUGUUGAAAAGAGUUCUGGUUUAAUCUAUAAUGAACUCAAAUAUUUUAUUUUGGACGGUAGGAAUAAGUGUUUUUUUUUUAGUUUAACAUAGAUAGCUAGGAAGUUUUAGCACCUAUUUUUAAGGUCUCUCUAUGAAAUGAUUUCUACCCGUUAUAUUGUCUCGGUUUCAUAAUAAUCGGAAAGAAUGAUUUUAAGAAGUAGAAACGUAAUGCAGAACAAAAAUAGCAUGGAUGGAUAAAUAUGUAUUUUUUUCAAUACACUGCAAACAAUAAUUGAGUGGUAAAGUGUAUUUAAUUUCUGUAAACAACAUGAAAAACCUUGAGAUGUAUUCUAUUAUUAAUAUUUAUAAAAUAUU